CUAUGACUGCUCGAACGCGAGCGACCGGCCCUGGGCUCCGUCACAGAGCUUGUUAUUACAAUGCGAGGCAAGUUUCGUACGCAGAAUUUCGAUUAUAUUUCGAAAAAAAACCCGAAAACUACAUGGUACUACGUGCAAUUCAGCACUUUACAGACUUUACGUAUUAAUUUGCUUUAAUUUUGGAAUUUAUGCAAAAGAUAACAACUUGUUAUUAAAAUCGAGGCCGCGGCCCAGUGCAGUGUUUUUAAAGCCAUUGUUAAGGAGUCUGGCGAGGAAUCGGUUCUUCUGGAAGCUAGGCGAGUCUGUAGUAAAGGGGGUCCCUUGCAAAUAACCUUGCCUACAGCUCUAUAACAAUAGCGACGGCCAGGGGGGUUGCAGAAGUGGGGUGGCGUUGUUACGCGCAUGCUCCAUUCAGACGAUGGCAUGGGGCGACACUCGGUAACUUCAGUGUACAGCUGAGAGACUCGAGGCAGCUCGCCACACUCAUAUUAUCAGGAAUUUUAAGUCACAGGACCAUAAAAUCCUACAUUUUCAAAAAAAAUGAAGCCAAAUUUAUUAAAAUUGCACCACCUCCAAAAACUGCGUUUUAAACAUCUUACAUUGUGACGCACAAUUUUGUAAUUUCAACCAACAAUCGUUACUCAUAUUUUGAAUACUCAUAGUUUAUAAAAUCUUUAAAAUUUUGUAUGUUAAGCAUCUACUUUAUUACAUACCUAUUUUUGUACGGAACGAUGAUGAUUAUUGAAUUGAAUUGACGAAAAAGGGAAUUAAUUGUUACCUGUCGAAAUUAGCCAAUGUUUAUUAUAAGCGAAGCUUACUAAUUGUUACUUGUAAUAUGUUAUGUGCAUAAAAUUACUUAGGUGCUAGGAAAAAAUAAAUAGUGCCUAGGUACCUAUAAUAAGUAGUACCAAUUGCAUCAGAUAAAACUCAAGCACAGUUAAAUCUUAAGAAAGUGAUGGAACCAUAUUCAGAUGAAUUGCUUUGGUUAGUGAUUUGUGGUUUUGUGGUUGCAUUUGUUUUGGCGUUUGGGAUCGGCGCUAAUGACGUAGCAAAUUCUUUUGGAACAAGCGUUGGAUCAAAAGUACUUACACUCACACAAGCAUGUAUACUCGCAACAAUAUUCGAAAUCGCCGGAGCAGUUCUAAUCGGUUACAAGGUAUCAGAUACGAUGCGCAAGGGUAUUCUUGAUGUGACAUUGUACGACGACGGUGGAGAACGUUUGUUAGCUGCCGGUUGCCUGGCUGCUCUGAUAGCUGGCGCAGCGUGGCUUAUCAUUGCCACAGCUUUGAGACUUCCAGUCUCCGGGACUCACUCUGUGGUUGGUGCCACAGUUGGGUUCACACUGGUAGCAAAAGGCCCCAUUGGAAUACGUUGGUCAACUCUCGGAGCGAUUGUUUUAUCAUGGUUCAUAUCUCCAGCACUCAGCGGCACAGUGUCCGCUGUGCUGUACUGGUUCGUCCGCAGAUUCAUACUCCGCGCAUCUCAACCGUUAGCGGCAGGGUUGAAAGCCUUACCAUUCUUCUACGGCGCUACUAUUGCUGUUAAUGUUGUUAGUGUAGUACUCGAUGGGCCAAAAUUGCUAGCAAUGGAUAAUAUACCGCUAUGGAUGGCAUUGUCGGGAUCCGUGGCUGUGGGUGCGCUAGGAGCAAUAGGCGUAUGCGCUUUCCUCGUGCCGUAUUAUAAGCGUCGCUUCGUGCCGCCACCUGUUAACUUUACACUUGGAUUAUCUAACGAAACCACUCCAGCGAAUACACCAACUCAUACAAAACACAGCGUUCCUCAACGACCAACGUCUUUACUAUCCGAAGACGGCAAGCUCCUCGAAGCUAUAGCGGAGAGCGCAGAAAUGGUCACAUUGAGCGAUGCAGACAAAGGUUCCGUAGGCGUCAGAGAGAUGAAUGCUAGAAACAGAGCCCUCUUGGCCACUAUGGACGACUGCAGCAUCCUCUCCAGAAGCUUAAGCCCACCAAACAAAGCACGUUUACAGUUAAUAGACGCUGAUCCGCAGAUAAAUACUUUAAAAUAUAUAGACGAGACGUUAAGUUGCUGUAAAAGUUUAGAUUCUGCUCAGCUUGUGGGGAUGGGUGAAAGUUAUGAUUCGAAAAAUGGGUUUCUAGGAGAUUCGUGUGACACCAUUGCGCGGGGCGAGCUUGGUCGACUGUCAACGAUGAAAAUGCCUAUCGCUGUGGAAUUUGACACUCCACCGCCGAGAUCAGACAAGGGUCCAGAAGGCAGUGCGUGGAGUAUAGAGUGCGAAAUUCGUAACACUCGUCUUGCCGCGAUCACGCCCAACUCCAGUGCCGCGCCACUGCUUCGGAGCAGCAGUCCAGCGCCGCCGGUGGCACCGCCACCUCCGCCGCCCGACGCGCUACGAUUGUUCUCCUUUCUACAAGUCCUUACCGCUACCUUCGGGGCUUUCGCACAUGGAGGCAAUGAUGUCAGUAACGCCAUUGGGCCGCUAGUGGCGCUGUGGUUGCUAUACACAGAAGGUGGAGCCCACGCACGGGCAGAGACCCCACUCGCAAUACUGGUAUUCGGUGGCGUUGGCAUCGCACUGGGGCUGUGGUUGUGGGGACGGCGCGUCAUCCGUACAGUGGGAGAGGACCUCACGAGCAUCACGCCUGAUACCGGGUUCACGAUCGAAUUAGGAGCGGCCUUGACGGUGUUGAUAGCGAGCAAAGCAGGCCUACCCAUCUCCACUACACACUGCAAAGUUGGAUCCGUCGUCUGUGUUGGUUACUUUUCCGAAAAAUCGGUGGACUGGAGUUUGUUCAGGAACAUAAUAUUCGCUUGGGUGGUAACGGUUCCGGCCGUUGCAGCUACUGCGGCGCUGGCUAUGCUAGCUCUCGAGGCGUUUGUCGUUUGAACUUACUAUGCUUUUCUUUUGGACAUGUUUAAAUUAAUAAAAUAACUAGCGGAUGUCUGUUUUUCACAAAUCCCGUGGGAACCAUUUUUCCGGGAUGAAAAGUAGCUUAUGUGUUGCUCCAUAACCUCCUUAUAUUCCAGUGAAAGUCCCAUUAAAAACAGUUGAGCCGUUCCAGAGAUUAGCCCGGGCUAUUGAUUUAGUGUCAUGUUAAAAGCUAUAAGCAUUUGAAGAAACACAAUAGGAUCUCUUUUGAAAUCACAGAUAGACACUUCAUUUUAUUUAUAUUUAUUAUUUAUUGAGAAUUGAUUACUAAUAUUGCCUAACAUUGCCAAUUCGAAUUUGUAAUUCUCCAAGAGGAAAUAAUUAUAAUCUAAACCUCAACUAAUCCUAUUUAUACAUCUAUGAUGCUAUUUCAUACCUACAGGAAUUGGAAGCGGAAAUAACAGAUAAUAGACAAAAUACAUUUUAAUUUUUAGUGUAUCUUCUUGAUUUGAAUUUCAAUAAUUUAAAUUGUAAAACGUAUUUUGUUAAUGUAUUUAUUAUCUAUUAUAUUAUUAUUUAUCUAACUGCCGUUUUCAACGAAAAAAAUCUCUCAACAAAUUAAGUUUAUUAUUUUUUAUUAUUAUUAACCUAACAGUGGUGUACCCGCAACCAUGGACUACCGAGAAUAGUCCGUGCCCGAAACUUCAGUAGUGCGGGGAGGGGCUAUAAGACUAUAUUACUCGUAUACAUUCCAUAUGCCAACCGCACACGUCAAGUUUUCCGUCAAUACUGUAGCGCGUAGGCAGUGAAAUAAUAUUAAAACCAUACCUAUAACGAUAUUUUUUCACUGCGCACAUCCCUAGAACAUGCGCUGCAGACUUGAGCGUGUGCGAUUGACCGAAAAUUUCGAAAUACAAAAGGGCUAUUGAUGGUGAGUUGUUAUUAUUUUCGGUCUAUUUUAUAAUUAUAAAUCAAAUAUUGUCGAUUACUGUUCAGUGUUCACUGCAUACAUUUACCUACGUAUACCUACGAAUCAGUAAUGUUAAGAUAAUUACGAACUUAAAAUGUAUUAUAUUAUUAUAGGUCUCGUCAAACUUCUAGUCUGCUCUGAUAUUGCAACACGCUGAACUGCACAGCUGAGUUCAGCAAAGUUUUCGUUUAAAAUAUCUACUACUCAAUCACACGCCACGAGUUCAGAACGGACUCAAAGUUUGGCGCGACCAAUAUCUAAUAUUAUAUGUACUUACCUAGUUAUUUUCUCUCAUCACUGGCACCUAAAAAUAAAAUAAUUAAAAAUUAAAAUAAUUACAGAUUUAAACCAAAGGGUCCACAAAAUAUUUUGAUACUUCGUCUAUUUUUGAAAAUCUUAUACUUAUGUACUAUUAAAUCUAUCUAUCUUGUCGGUUUACUAUAAUUCAUUCGAGCUAUUUAUCUCUAAAGCACAGAUUAAAGAAUAUUUUUUUCAUUUUCGAGUCAGAAAGACCUAGUUCGGACUACUUUAGUAUUUUAGUCGUCGAUCGUUCGUACUCGACUAAAAUACUAAAGUAGACUCGAGAAUGACAUUUUUAGGCGAUAAAUCUAAAAAUUGAUCGUACUCGACUUAAUUAUAAAAUAGUCUGUACGGCCUUUAUGGUACGAAGCGUCGCAUCAGUAACUUUCAAUCAAUUUAUUCAAUAAAAAUGGCGUCUUAGGGUUUCAAAUAUUUUAAAAACUGUUCACAAAAACAAAAGAAAUAAGAUAGAGUAUUUUUUUAUUGGUAAUUAUUGAUUAUUAUAUUAAUUUACGUAAUUCUUGUCAGUGUUAAAUUUUGAAAUACAAAUUAUGAUAAAAGUUUGUAUAUGCGGAUGUCAAGGAGACACAUGACGUUUGUUUUUUUUAUGGGUUUCACCGGCUUCACCGGGCUGCAUAUAAAAACUCAUUCUGGAAAUUCUUUAAUCUGUGGUAUGAGUAUAUUGGUACCUGUGUAAAAAACACCUUAGACCAUUAAUAACACAGAUGUUGGUAUAAUAUUCAGUGAUGUUUAUGUUAGCACGCCAGUAUACACGACUUUCAUCUAUGGUAACUUAAAUCUAACUAAAUGUACCUAGGUACCUAUAAUGUUUCAUUUCAAAACAAACUUUGAAUUUAUAUACCUACGACGUAUAUAUAAUCAAAGCUCAGUACCAUGUGGUGGCCACCAAAUGACAGAGACAAAAUAGUUUGCUACAUUUUCUUUAAGUAAUUUUAUUUACUAUGUACUUACAUUAGCUACGCUACUUCUACUGGGUAGAUAAAAAUGUCAAUAACUAUUAAUGUGCUAAUAAUAGGUAAUUAAUAAAAAACAUAAAUGUAGUAAGUAACUGACACUUAUCCCAAAUCCAAAGCAAAAAGAAAAGAGCAGAAGCAAUCCGUGUUGUCUAUAUUCUAUGCAUUUGAUUUCAAUGUGAUUUCAUCGCACUACUGCGACACCGCACCCACUCGGGACGCUUUUGACCUUUACCCGAAUUUUAUUAAAAAUAAGAAAUAAUAAUAAAACAAAAAAGAAUUAUCUUACUAUAGAAUAUUAUAGAUAAUGUUCUUUCUGUAGCUGUAUACAUUAUAGAUACCUCGUUUAAUAUAAACCGGCUAGUUUUAUUUCAAUACGGAAAGAAAUAAAAUGAAUUUUUAUUGAGCUAUUUUUCAAGGCUACAUUAAAAAAAUAUUGAAUUGUAGAAAACCGAAUUAGCACCAUAUAACAUAUUUAAAAAAAAAUUAAAUUAUUUUGUAUAAUAUUAUUUAUUAUAUAAUUUAACACUAGUGGACCUUCAAUAUCCAUGUGUUGCUACGUUGGGGGUAUUAUAUCUGAAGUUAUGAUUCCUCAUGAUAUUCCAUAGUUGUGUUUUUUAGUAAGUUUGAAAAUCUGGACUAUUAAAACCGACUAUCUCCCAAAGCCCAUGGUCCAAGCAUAUGUUUGGCAAUCUUAUGUUAUCAUACUAUAAAUUAAAUAAUAAAGAAAAACUUUUUCUAGUGCAGCAAACACAAAAGUAAUCGAUAGAUACUUAGAUCUAAAUUAUUUCAUAUUGGUCUCAUCUCAAUGGUUACAAUCUACCUACUUUAUCACUGUUCUUAUCUAAUUGUUUUAUGUUUUUGUUUUAGAUAUACCUGUCUUAUUUAAUUUUAAAACCAAUAUAACAAAGUAUUUUAAUGCCAAACUAAAGUAUUUUAAUGUCACUGUCGUAUAAUUUGUAAAAGCAAUUUUAGGAUUUGGAUGAAUUAGUGGAUCAGUAAGCAUACAAAUGGCCAUUUCUUUCCCUAUACAUUAAGAAUUAUCGUCAAUUUAACAUCUAAAGCGCCACCCCUAAUGUAGUGAAAAAUUGUUAAUAAAAAUAAAAGUAAUAGAUCAAAA